GCCUCAGCAGGUCUGGAGGUAUUUUACAGCGAUGGCUUUCUACAAAGUGAUGUGUUUGGCUGCUGGGCUGAUGCUCCUGACCCAAGAGUCUGAGUCACAGCUGGAUGUUUGUGGUCAGCCAAAGCUCAACACCAGGAUUGUAGGAGGACAGGUGGCCCCCGAUGGCAGCUGGCCCUGGCAGGUCAGUCUGCAAAUAUCUGGGUUCUUCUGUGGAGGAUCCCUCAUUAACAGUCAGUGGGUGCUGACUGCUGCUCACUGCUUUCAAACCAAUGACACGAGCGGGGUGACUGUGACUCUGGGCCGUCAGACUCUACAUGGAUCUAAUCCCAAUGCAGUGGCUCGGACAGUAACAAAGAUCAUUCCACAUCCAAACUACAACUCUAAAACCAACAACAACGACAUCUGCCUCCUGCAGCUCUCCUCAUCUGUGAAUUUCACCAGCUACAUUUCUCCCGUCUGCCUGGCAGCUUCAAACAGCACUUUCUACAGCGGUGUUAACAGCUGGGUCACUGGCUGGGGCAGUACUAAAGAAAAUGGCACUGUUUCAGAAAACCUGAUGGAGGUGGAGGUUCCUGUUGUGGGAAACAGGCAGUGUAACUGUAACUAUGGAGUGGGAAGAAUCACUGACAACAUGAUCUGUGCCGGGUUAAGUGCAGGAGGAAAGGACUCCUGUCAGGGGGAUUCAGGAGGUCCAAUGGUGAGCAAGGAGAACGGUCGCUGGAUUCAGGCAGGAAUCGUCAGUUUUGGGACCGGUUGUGCCAGGCCAAAUCUUCCAGGAGUCUACGCCAGAGUAUCCCAGUACCAGACCUGGAUCAACAGCCAGAUCUCCUCCAACCAGCCGGGCUUCAUGACGUUCACGUCCACUGGGACUGACAGUGACCUCAGUGUUACCUGCACAGGACUGCCACCAGUGCCAACCACCACCGCUACCACCACCGCCACCACCACUACAACCACCACCCCUACAACCACCUCCACUACAACCACCACCACCACCACUACAACCACCACCCCUACAACCACCACCACUACUCCUACAACCACUACAACUUCCACCACCACAACCACCUCCUCUGCAAAAGCCACCACCCCUACUACCACCACCACCACCCCUACAACCACCACCACCACGCCUACAACCACCACCACUACGCCUACAACCACUACAACUUCUACCACCACAACCACCUCCUCUGCAAAAGCCACCACCCCUACUACCACCACCACUACAACCACCUCCCCUACUACCACCACCACCACCACCACCACCCCCACACCUACAACCACCACCACCACCCCUACAACCACCACCACUACUCCUACAACCACUACAACUUCUACCACCACAACCACCUCCUCUGCAAAAGCCACCACCCCUACUACCACCACCACCACUACAACCCCCACCCCUACUACCACCACCACCACCCCCACACCUACAACCACCACCCCUACUACCACCACCACCACCACCACUCCUACAACCACCACCACCAUCCCUACAACCACCACCAGCAAACCGGUGCUCUGUGGACAAGCUCCGAAGAAUUCUGGCAUUUUGGGAGGAACCUCGAUGGCGACAGCCGGCUCGUGGCCGUGGAUGGCGAGUCUGCAGAAGAAUGGAAGUCAUGUGUGCGGUGGGACUCUGGUGGCCUUGGACUCAGUGCUGAGCAAUGCUGACUGUUUCUCAAGCUCCCCUGUAGCGUCCGAGUGGACUGUCGUGUUGGGUCGUCUGAAGCUAAAUGGAUCCAACCCCUUUGAGGUGACGCUGAACGUGACAAAUAUCACUCUGAGCAACACGACCGGGACCAACAUAGCCAUCCUCCGUCUAUCUGCCCAGCCCACCCUGACCGACUACAUCCAGCCCAUCUGCUUGGACAACGGGAGAACCUUCGCCGAGGGCUUGGCGUGCUGGGCGGCCGGUUGGAGUCCUGGAAGAGGAGGAGCUGAGGAAGUUAUGCAGCAGUUUAACACCUCGGUGGUAAACUGUGGGAGCUCAUCAUCGAGUGAGAGCAUCUGUACAGACGUGUUUGCACUGCAGCAGGGUGAUUCUGGCGGCCCUCUGAUGUGUAAGCAGAGCGGCUCUUGGUUCCAGGCGGUCGUGUUAACAGCUCCAAGCUCCUCUGCCAGGAGAAGACGAGAGACUCCAGUUAUGAACUUCACCAGAGUGAGCUCCUUUGGUACCUUCCUGACGAAGACGCUGGGGACACUCUUGUCUCCUCCCUCCACGACCACCACCACCAACCCCACCAGCACCUCUAACACCACCACCAACACCACCACAACUACCUCAAACCCCGUAUCACAAAGCAGCGGGGGUCGUCCUGCUCACUCCUUCAUCUUUGUCCUCUUCCAUCUCCUCAGCCUCACCUUCUGUCUCCAACUCUUCCUGUAGAGAGUUUGACUUGAUCGACAUGAUGUGAUGGACACAAAUGAAUGUGAACAAGCUUCGACUCUAAGAAUUUACAGGCUUAAAGCUGUGUAUGCUAAUCUUUGACUUGAUUCUUAACUGGUUAUCUGCAGAGAGCUCAGUGGUGACGUUUGGGCGAGUUUACUGUCGGCUAACGGCGACUUAGGUGCACCACUUCCAAGAAAAGGAAGCUGGUCAUGCAAUGUGUGGCUUGAGCUCUGACUCACAGGGGCUUUGAGCUGGACUCUGGUUUAACCUCCUAGGACCUGGCGUCCACAUAUUGUGGACAUCACAUUUUGGGUUAUUUAGGCCAAAAUACUAAAUCUUGCUCUACAAGGGCCUGAUAUCCACUUACAAGGACACUAUACUGCUACUCUUCUAUCGACUUUUUAAAUGAUUAUCCUCAUAUGUGGCUCUGAUUUUUCUUAGAAACAAAAAUUAGGUUAAAAAAAAUCUGGUAAUUCUUUGUUUUUGCAUUCAUCAGGUCCCAAUCAGACCAAAUAUCAAAGAGAAAUUAAUAAUGCAUGCCAUGGAAGAGUUCGGGUCUUAGGAGGUUAAGGGUGUAAAAAUGAAGAAACUUGCACUGAACAUUAAACUGUAGCUCAAAUGUUUAGAAGUUCAUGUUUUCUUAAGCUAAACAGAUCAUUGGUGUGUCUGCAUCAUUGUUACUGUUUCAUAUAUAUCUAUAUAUUUUAAUCAAUGCAACAAUGAAAGAUGUGAAAUCUGCAUGUUUUUAAAUUUUUACAGUUUUUGUGCGUUUUCAGGACAGAGUAGAUUAAUUGUAACCUUACAGUCACAAACAUAUUGCUGAUUAAAGACAGGACCAAAGUUAUUCUUGCAGUCUUUAUCAGAUUUAAAGAAGCAUAAUUUAGAGAUCCUGGAAACAAGGGGACAUCGAUCAGACUGUCCCUCUCCUACCUCACAUCUGGGCCACAAACACUUAAGCACUUAAACAAUAUUUGCUUUGAACACUGUUAAAUUGCACUGAAAAAGAAAGUUAUUGUCACGAUCCUGGGUCUUAUGACCCAGUGUUUUGAGUUUUAGUUUAUUUUGAUGUUUAUAGUAUAUGGUUAAGCUCAUUAAGUUUUCUUAUUCAUUUGUUAUUAGAUUCCCCUUGUGUCUUCCAACCCCUGUUAAGUCUCCCUUGCCCUUCAUGUGUUUCAUGUCUGUGUCUUAUGUUGUCAAGUUCAGGUUGUCAUGUCUGCGUCUCAUAUUUCCUGUUUUAUCUUGAAGGGGUCCUGUGUUCCUAUGUUCAAUGUUUUUAGUUUUACUCUCCUCUUGUAACGUCGUUAUGUUCAUGUGUGUCAGCUGUUCCCCCAUGUGUUUCCGUUUUCCUUCAUUAUCCUCCUGUGUGUAUUUAGUCCGUGUCUUCAGUCAUUCCUUGUCAGGUCGUCUGCUCAUCCACGUCACAACUUCAGGUAUCCAUGUCAGUUCACCGUGUUUAAGGUUUUUUCAUGUUUAGUUUUAGUUCACCCAGUUUUGGUUAUUGUUUAGUUUCACCUAUGCCCUUUGUUUGUACCUUGUUUCCUAGCCUCAAUAAACGGCUUGUUUUUUUGUUAAAUCCACGUCACGUUCAGUUUUUGGUCUGCGUUUGAGUCCUCUUUUGUAAACACAUACAGUCUGCCUCAGCCAGACUGUGACAGUUAUUUAAAUUGAAUAGUAAAUGAAUAAAAAAACUUCUUGUAAAUGUAAAAGUAUAAAAACAACAAUAAAAAGCGCUUUUUAAUUC